AUGACCAAAGAGGACGAGAUCCCGGAUUGGGUGGGAGCUCAGGAGUUCUAUGGCAAAUAUGACCCCAAGGAGAUCCUGGGAAGGUAUGGUAUCAUUUGUAUGGCAUAUGGGAUUGUUGACAUGAACCUCGCAUGAGGUAAAAAUAACAUAAACCCAUUUUCUAUUCAUUCACUGCAUAGAGUGGCCCCAGAUCUGUUUGUGCUGUAUACCCGUAACAUACUCGCAUGUCAACUCAACAAUGUUUGGCAAUGCAUCACAAUGACCAUAUGAGUUGGCUAUACAACCCAAAAUGAUCUGGGACCAGACUAGAACAGAAAUAAUUUCCACAGAAAUGAGACUCUAAACAAAAUAACCAAUUCAAUGAGAUGUCCAACUCUAAACACACACCAACCUCACUUCAGUCUAGACUGUUUAUGGAAGGGAGUUGGGGUUCUGUGAACUCACUAGUAAACCCUGUCAUCAGGGACAUCCUUUGUGUCACUGUGUGCUGUUUGUUAGUCAAGAGAGGUCUGCCAUUAUGUAACUAAACUACGCAUUGUUGAACCAGGCAGCGUUCAUUUGAGUGUGUUUUAGGACCAAGGUUUUGGCACUGAACACUACCAGUGAUUGGUCAGCUAGUAUUGUGUCAUUAUGUCAUCCCACUCAGAUUCACACAUGCAGGUCAGGGAGUCACUUGUGUGAUAAAGAAUGUGUGUUCUUUUGCCAUUGUUUCUGACGUGUCUCACAGAACUUUAACAAAGACAGGACAGAUCAAACAGGAGACAAUUCAUCGUCGUUUUUUGUACAUAAAAAAACAUAUUCAGUAUGUGUGCCACAUGGGAAUAAAACCUACCCCAACCCUGAUGUUGCCAGCAUCAGACUCCAACUAACCGAGCCAUUCUACCCUUGUCAGCACAAGUUACCCAUUUGCCUUAAAUAAAACCUUGAUGAUAAACCUCAAAUCAAGAUCCCACCACGAGAUAAUGUAUUAUAGUAUGUACAGUACCCCAACCUAGCUAUUGUAUGUGCACUCUAUGUGCCUGGAGAGUGUUGUUUUGAAGUGGACUUAGCUGUUGUCCAAAUGGAAAAGUCCUAACCAGGGGUGUGUGUGAAUAAGUCAGCCAUUACUCCGGUGACGCACUAUACCACUGUUCUUAUUGGGCCGGUGGGCUCUGUGACAUGUCACACAAACAACAGCGCACUGUAUAGUAUGGCAUAACACACACAUCACUUGUAUUAUCAUAUCAGUUUCCUGCACACGUAGAGAGACAACAGGCUUUUGAAGAGAACGCCUGCAUUUCAACAUACUGAGGGAAUGUACUUGCUUUUGUGGCCUAAUGCAGCUUUAUGUCAUUAUAUGGAGUAUAGGCCUACAUUCAAAGUGCAGAGGGUUCUCAAAAAGAAAAUGGUAAGGAUGAACAUGUUUUUGAGGCUGCCUUAAUAUAUAAAGCUGUGCUUCAAAUAUUUAAAUAUCUUUAUCUGACAGGGAUAGACAAUCAGUCUCAGACUUGUGAGAUUUUAGCUCUAGUAAAUGUUCUGAAUUAGAUACACAUUGUGUCCUGUAUUGGUUUACUUAGGUUUGUAUUACAACCUAUAUCAUCUCUUGUGGACAGAUGCACAUAACAUAAAUGGUAGUAGCAUCUUUCGACAGACUGUGGAAUUAGAUUUUUAGUCAUUUAUCAUUUGGACAAAUCACGAUUUCAAAUUUUUUGAAUUUUGGAAGGGGAGGGUACAUUUUGCCCAUAAACUGGCCCGAAACUGGCUGAGGGUUUCCAUUUAGAGAGAUGGAAACUUCGCUAGUCUCGUUAGUACAUUUUAUAACACGUUUCCCCUCUAAUUAUAGUACCACUAUGCUUCCCCAGAACUUAAUCGUGAGAAUCUGACACAAUUACACAAGAUUUUAGUUCUGGGUGUCCGAGAUUACAUUCUAUAAAGUGAAUAGAGUGGUGAUGAGUGGGUUGUCAGUUCAAAUCCCUGGUGGGGCACAUUGCCAUUGUUUCUUCGUUCUGGAACACAUCUAAUAAGAGAAGUUCCACUUAAGUAUUCAGUUUCACAAAUAAAAUAAAAAACAAAAUGUGUGUGAUGUAACUUACUACCUUUAGAUAAGACGCUAUUUGUUGACAUUUGUUUUUCUGUCCUUGUGCCUCAGGGGGGUGAGUAGCGUCGUGCGACGUUGUAUUCAUAAACAAACCCAACAGGACUAUGCGGUCAAGAUCAUCGACGUCACUCCUUCUGACAAGAUCUCGGCUGCAGAGAUCGAGGAGAUCAAAGAGGCCACAGUGAAGGAGAUUGAUAUUCUCAAGAAAGUCUAUGGAAUGGACAACAUCAGUAAGAAAAAUAACACCAUAAUACAAACAUUAUUGUCCCUUUAAUGGAACUGAAGGUAUAUAACAACAAAACUACUUGAAAAAGCUUGAGGAAGAAACACACAUCCAUCUAGCCUAUAACUGGAGUAGGCUUAAUCUGGGUUCAGAAAAUGGGCUCUAUAAAAACAUUAUUUACACAUCUUGUCUAAUGUGGAGUGUGGGGCACAUUGACAUGGAUCUCUAGAUUUCUGAAGUUGUUUAACAAUAACUUUGUUCAAAGGCUACUCGAUUAUGUCUAUGCAUCAUAGAGGGUUGGACAAAUGUAGCCUUUGCUCUCCUUUACUGCUCCAUAACCAUAUUGACUGCACAUCACUUGUUUUGCUAGAAAAGGUCAAAUUGAUAAUAUAACAUUUCUGUAACUCUAUGGCUGUGUUUACACAGGCAGCCCAAUUCAGAUCUUUUUUCCCACUAAUUGGUCUUAUGACCAAUCACAUCAGAUCUUUUCACCUCAUAUCUUUUUCAGAGCUGAUCUGAUUGGUCGAAAGACCAAUUAGUGAAAUAAAUAACAGAAUUGGGCUAAUUGUUCUUUUGGUUAUAGACAUGCCUCAUAACAGGUCUAUUAUCUCUCCACAGUCCAGCUGAAGGACUGCUAUGAGUCCAAAGCCUUCUUCUUCCUGGUGUUUGACCUGUAAGUAUCCAGACAGACUCUCCAGCAUACAAUCAUGCAAUCUGUCAAUUUCCUAAAAAGUAAUCAUAAAAAUCUUUAUUUAACAUUUAAAAAACACUAUCAAAUCAAGAUACAAGGAAGAGUGACAUUUUUAAUGCACUGAUUAUUUUUACAGUGAUUAUACAGAGUACAUUUGCUGGCCCUCAGGAUGUAUGCAUAACAAUUUCAUCUGUCUCUCUCCCAGGAUGAAGAGAGGAGAGCUGUUUGACUACCUCACAGAAAAAGUAACGCUGAGUGAGAAGGAGACCAGGUCAGAAACUCUAACUCACACACAUUCAUUCACUAUCGUAUUGGCGUACAUUUGGGUUUGAUCCAAAUCCUCUCCCCUCCAAAAUGUAUAUCUGGACAAGACAGUUUGGGGUUGAAGGGUUCAUUAAGACAUUUGAGGGACAUUAGAGAUUUGCUGUGCGAGUGCUUUAGAUUUUGAGUGAUUUGAGGCUAGUUACAUUGGCCCUAAAUAGAAGAGUCUUGCAUGUUUAGGGAGUGUGAGAGAUUUAGAUCAGAAGGGACAACAUUUCCCUAUUUCCCUGUAGGAAGAUCAUGCGUGCCCUGCUGGAGGUGGUUAAGUUCCUCCACGACCAGAACAUCAUCCACAGAGACCUGAAGCCUGAGAAUAUCCUGCUGGACGACAACAUGGACAUCAAGCUCACUGACUUCGGCUUCUCCCUGCAGAUUGAGCCCGGACAGACACUCAACGGUUAGUUAGUAGUUUCUAUCGAAAGAUGUGGGGUCUACGACUAGCAAAGCAAAUCUAGUUAGUUACUGUACCACACAAUCUCAUUCUGACUGAGUGAGCAGUGAAAUCAUUGUAGAAACUCAUCUGAAUCUCCCAUUUCCAAUAUGGCUGGCUCUGUUCCAAUGUCCAUACUGGCAUACCACAUAGAAUGGAGCAUUAUAGCGGAAGAGAAUGAAAGCUACAUACUGGCGGCUCAGUCAGUGGAAGGAAGCCUCAUGUUUUGAAGGUUGUGGCACUAAGUCUGAACACUAGCUGUCAGUGCUACGCAGAGGAACCCUUUCUAGCUAGUCAACGCCCCUAGGUCCUCUUCCACAACCCCCUCCCCUUCCGUCCUAUCCCUGUUGUUAGCUCAAGCAAAGGUUAAGAUGCAACAGGACACUUGUUGAGCUAUUUGCUGCUCCCCAAUCAUUAGGAGUGUGUGAUGACCUUUCAAAGGGCGACACUGUGACUUCUCAGCAUGCACAGAACUUCAGGACUAGGAACUGCAGUCAUUUGUUUGUGGAAAAAUACAAUCCCACACUUAUACGUUUGUCAACAAAUACUAUAUAGGUUCAGGUUGAAUAAUAUACAUGAAAGAACAGUCAAUUACUGUAACAGACUAUGAUGUGUUUCCUGUAUCAGCUUGAGACUGAUGCUAAAUGAAUGUGUUUUUACUGUACAGUAUGUAUUGUAUGUUUUCAUAUACAUUUAUUGUACUCAGAAUUAUAAGAAUAUACAUUAUUACUAAUAUUCACCUAGCAAUGACCCCCCCCCCCCCCUAUCUGUUUUCUAUGCCAGAAGUGUGUGGGACCCCUGGAUACCUGGCUCCUGAGAUCAUUGAGUGCUCCAUGGACCCCAACCAUAGGGGAUACGGGACUGCAGUCGACAUGUGAGUACUCAGAUUACAUACAACUACCCAUUCACCUUUCCAUCUACCCACUGGAUACUAGAUCUUGGUUAAAUACUGUACAUAAAGCUUCUCUGUCCUCCCACUGCUCCAGCCCUUAAUUUAUUUUAAUACAAAUUAUAUAUAAUGGAAAUAUUAUCAAUAAUCAGCUUUUAAGUGCAACAUUUCUUUCUAAAAGUAUCCAUUUAGUUAAGCUUGUUCCAUAGUAUUUAUUUAGUUUAAUAAUACAUGGUACCUACAGGUGACUGCCAAAAUAAAGGAAACACCAACAUAAAGUGUCUUAAUAGGGCGUUGGGCCACCAUGAGCCAGAACAGCUUCAAUGCACCUUGGCAUAGAUUCUACAAGUGUCUGGAACUCUAUUGGAGGGAUGCGACAUUAUUCUUCCACGAGAAAUUCCAUCAUUUGGUGUUUUGUUGAUGGUGGUGGAAAACGUUGUCUCAGGUGCUGCUCCAGAAUCUCCCAUAAGUGUUGGUUUGGGUUGAGAUCUGGUGACUGAGACGGCCAUGGCAUAUGGUUUACAUCGUUCUUAUGCUAAUCAAACCAUCCAGUGACCACUCAUGCCCUGUGAAUGGGUGCAUUGUCAUCCUAUGGGUAGCCAAAAUGUCCUGGACAGCAUUUUUAUACAUGACCCUAGGCAUGAUGAGAUGUUAAUUGCUUAAUUAACUCAGAAACCACACCUGUGUGGAAGCCCCUGCUUUCAAUAUACUUUGUAGCCCUCAUUUUCUCGUGUUUCCAUAAUUUUGGCAGUUACCUGUAUAUUCUAUGGUGAAAAAAAGUCAGAGAAAAGGAAAGUGUCACUAUAAUCCUGAUGAUGAUUUAUUGUGAUUCCAGAUGGAGUUCAGGGGUGAUCUUGUACACCCUGCUGGCUGGAUCCCCUCCCUUCUGGCACAGAAAACAGAUGAUGAUGCUUCGUAUGAUCCUAGCUGGGAACUACGACUUCUCCUCUCCUGAAUGGGACGACCGCUCCGACACUAUCAAAGACCUAGUGGGUUUGGAAUGAACACUGUAGCUUCAAAACAUGGUUAAAACUAUACUUCUGACCUCAUGGAUAGUCAGCUGGAUCCAUAGCUCUGUCAAUGAAUACACUUUAUUGGUCCAUUUGCAUGGAUCUUCUUUAUUUUUUGCUGUCACAGUACCCAAUCUGACACACACAUCACAGCCUGGGAGCAGCGCAGGGACUGCUGCCGAGCAGCGCCCCUGGAGCACAAGGCUGCCGCCUCAGUCCCUGCAGAUUUCCUCACUGGCAGCUCGGGGGUUCAAACCCGCCCCUCUAACCUCGAGGCUACCUCCUCCCCCUAAUUUGAGAGUGCCUACAUUUCUAUAGCCCCAUCCUUCAGCUGUUUACCAAAACAGGGGGGGGGAAUCCUUGAUUGCCCUUUUAAUGUUGCCUUAUGUCUCCCUGUUUUCAGAUCUCCAGGAUGUUGGUGGUAAACCCAGAUCAGCGUUACACAGCCCAAGACUGCCUGAACCACCCCUUCUUCCAGCAGUAUGUGGUGGCUGAAGUACGACACUUCACCCCCAAGAGGAGGUUCAAGGUAAGAGCAGCAGCACUAUACAAAUAUUCUCAUGUGAGGGCCAUGUGAUGUCACCACGGUUGGGGAUUUAUGUUCAUGAAUUCAGAAAUCCUCAUGGAAAAUGAGUUUUCUGAAUGUCAAUAUCAGAACUGACUGGAAUCGAUGGCAGUAGAUAACAUAACUGUGUGGGAUCAGUGACUGAACAAUAUAUGACAUCGUAAUAGCUGAUUCAUAGGUCAAAUAAAUCAUAACAGGCAGUCUACUGAUGUACAUUCAACCAACACAUUCUUUCCCCCAACCCCAUGUCUCCAGGUCGUCUGCAUGACAGUGCUGGCCGUGAUGCGCAUCUACUGUAACUACCGCCGCGCCAAGCCUAUCACCAAGGAGGUGAUCAAGAGCGACCCGUACGCCAUCAAACCCAUCCGCAAGCUGAUCGACGCCUGUGCCUUCAAGAUAUACGGCCACUGGGUCAAGAAGGGCCAGACCCAGAACAGAGCCGCCCUGUUCGAGAACACUCCCAAGGCCAUCCUGCUGUCCAUAGCGGCAGAGCCCGAGGACUCCUCCAUGCACUCCUGGUAA